CGCGCCGCCUCCCCAGCUCGCUCUCUGCCUCUACCUUCUCCACUUCUUUUCCGCCUCCGCCUCUCUCGGGCUCCCCUGGCGCCAGAGCCUUCCCCUGGCUCAGGCGGGAGCCUGGACUGUCUGCAGAGCUCUCUGUAGAGUCUGGGGGCAAAUUUCCUUGUAGCAGAGCCAGCUCCUUGGCUGGGCGACAGGUGCCGAGGGAGCUUCUGGCCCGUGGACCGGGGGAUGCGAAGGGGUUCCCUCCUGGCAUCUCUUUCUCAGUCACUGUGAGUCCGGCCUAAUCGAAGACUGAGGUUAUGAAGUCGAUCCUAGAUGGCCUUGCAGAUACCACCUUCCGCACCAUCACCACAGACCUCCUCUACGUGGGCUCCAAUGACAUUCAGUACGAAGACAUCAAAGGAGACAUGGCAGCCAAAUUAGGAUACUUCCCGCAGAAAUUCCCUCUGACUUCCUUCAGGGGUAGUCCCUUUCAAGAAAAGAUGACUGCAGGAGACAACUCCCCGUUGGUCCCGGUAGACACGGCAAACAUCACAGAAUUCUACAACAAGUCUCUCUCGUCAUACAAGGAGAAUGAGGAGAACAUCCAGUGUGGGGAGAACUUCAUGGACAUGGAGUGUUUUAUGAUUCUGAACCCCAGUCAGCAGCUGGCCAUUGCUGUGCUCUCCCUCACACUGGGCACCUUCACCGUUCUGGAGAACCUGCUGGUUCUGUGCGUCAUCCUGCACUCCCGCAGUCUCCGAUGCCGGCCCUCCUACCACUUCAUUGGCAGUCUGGCAGUGGCCGACCUCCUGGGAAGCGUCAUUUUUGUCUACAGCUUUGUUGACUUCCAUGUGUUCCACCGUAAAGACAGCCCCAAUGUGUUUCUGUUCAAACUGGGUGGGGUCACAGCCUCCUUCACAGCUUCCGUGGGCAGCCUGUUCCUCACAGCCAUUGACAGGUACAUAUCCAUUCACAGGCCUCUGGCCUAUAAGAGGAUCGUCACCAGGCCCAAGGCCGUGGUGGCUUUUUGCCUGAUGUGGACUAUUGCAAUAGUAAUUGCUGUGCUGCCUCUCCUUGGCUGGAACUGCAAGAAGCUGCAAUCUGUUUGCUCCGACAUUUUCCCACUCAUUGAUGAAACCUACCUGAUGUUCUGGAUUGGAGUCACCAGCGUGCUGUUGCUGUUCAUUGUGUAUGCAUACAUGUACAUUCUCUGGAAGGCUCACAGCCAUGCAGUCCGCAUGAUUCAACGUGGAACCCAGAAGAGCAUCAUCAUCCACACAUCAGAAGAUGGCAAGGUGCAGGUGACCCGGCCCGACCAAGCCCGCAUGGACAUUAGGCUGGCCAAAACCCUGGUCCUGAUCCUGGUGGUGUUGAUCAUCUGCUGGGGCCCUCUGCUUGCAAUCAUGGUAUACGAUGUCUUUGGAAAGAUGAAUAAGCUUAUCAAGACGGUGUUUGCCUUCUGUAGUAUGCUCUGCCUGCUGAACUCCACCGUGAAUCCCAUCAUCUAUGCUCUGAGGAGCAAGGACCUGAGACAUGCCUUCCGCAGCAUGUUCCCGUGUGAAGGAACGGCACAGCCUCUAGAUAACAGCAUGGGGGACUCGGACUGCCUGCACAAGCAUGCCAAUAACACAGCCAGCAUGCACAGGGCCGCGGAGAGCUGCAUCAAGAGCACCGUUAAGAUCGCCAAGGUGACCAUGUCUGUGUCCACAGACACGUCGGCCGAGGCUCUGUGAGCCUGCUGCUUUCAUGGCUGCACAGCGAGAGAAAUUCUUUUCUUUUCUUUCUUUUAGCUUAAAAUUUAGAAGUCUGUAAUCUCCUUGGUUAUAUAUUUUUUUUAAGUUUACCAUGUUUAGUAAACAGUGACUGUCACUGUGCUUACUUAUCAGUUGGCUGACAUAUCAAUAGUUUAGGUACUUAAACUCCAUUCUCCAGGGGUUUACAGUGAAGAAAGCCUGUUGCUUCAGUUACUCAACGGUCCUUCAAAGUCUCUGAAAUAGAAGGGAAACCUUUGGCUACAAAAUCUGAAGCCUAAGUAUCCGUAGAAAAACAUCACGAAGUGAGAAAUGCCUUUGUGACCACAACUUUCACGAUAAUGUGGUAUGUGUCCACCCAUAGUAUAAAAAAGUGCAUUUUUACAAUAAGUAUAGUGCUACAGUAGGAAUACUUUGUAAAACGUGUUAUGUCCUGUGAGUUGUGUAUCAGUGUUUACUGUGUCAUUUUGUCUAGCUUAGCAAAACCAGAAGGUAGACCUUCAUAAGAACAAUGGCAUACGGGAGUGGGUAUGCAGCAGGGAGCCCCCUGUUUAGAUGGUAUUAUGGUCCAUGAUGCCAUUUUAGAAACCUUGGUAUUUCUUCCAGUAUCCAUAUCUAAAGUUAACAUUGAAAUAACCAUAAAGGUUUAUUUUUUGGUUAAAACAACAAGAAGAAUUUGAAGACUAUCCAAAGUAUCGAGCAGAAUUCGUGGACAUUUAAACUGUGGGUAGACCUGACUUUCCGUAGAAGGACAUUUACUAUCUUCUGGACCGCAGCUGUUCAGUUGGGUAAUGGAUUAUAAUCAGAACGGAAAGAAGAAGUAUACUGACUUUUUAAGGCUGAUGUUGCCGACUUUCUUCAGUUGUUAGCUCUCCCUGGACCUCUUCAGACAGCAUGUGUCAAUCUUAACGUACACUGUUCUCCCUGUGCAGCUGUUCACUUGUAGUGCAUUGUUACGUUCCAGACUUAUGUAGAUUUCAGGCCUAGAUGGCCAAAACACAGUCUUCUUCUUUUUAACUGAGAAGAAGCAUCGUCUGAUUCAGUGAAAUUGUGCCAUGUGCGUGUGAUUGUAAAUGUGUGCGUGCGUGUGUUUGUGUGUUCUAUCUUGUAACUGUUACAGCAGUGUCACAACACGAGAAAACUCACCAAGUGUGAACGGUACCACUUGCUGCACUCUUGCACAUGAAUUCAGUUUCUAAGAGCAAGUUCUUCAUCAAGUAUUAGCGGUAGAAAUUCUGACAAAAACCUUUCCGAAAAACCUCCCCACCUAAGUGAUUGGGUUCUAAUGAUCUUUAGGUGUUCCAGAAGGCCAGCAUUCGGCAAGGAGUAAUCAGUAAGAGGGGCAGAAACGUAGAGGAUUCUCCCGGGAACAGGCCAGUGUGGGGGAUGGUGGGCACCUGUUAGUGUUCAAAUUCAUGGGAAUGAAAAUCAGUAACAGGGAGAUGGUUCUAAGACCUUCGAAAGCCCCGAACAGGAACAAGUUUCAUGCAUGCAUGCAGGCAGGCAGGGAGACCCCAGGUUAGGGAGCACUACACAGAGCAUGCCAGUUCCCAGGUUCAGCCAUUUGAUAUCAGAGGGUGUGUAGACCAGCGAGUAUGACGAGAGGGUGGUGUAAACCUGGUGGCAGCCCUGUGCCUGGCUUUGUUCGCCUAAGUUUGGGCUAAGGAACAGACAGUGCCUCCACCUGCUGGUAUGAGGACGUGCCCAAGCAUAAAGAUGAGGAUGGCUAGCUUCUGACUGGCUCCUUUGCCAUGGUGCUCAGAAUUGGGCCCUUUUCCAGGAGGGAGAGGUAUUGCUUUUUAAAAGCCGCUUGCUCCUGAUAAGUUCUGCUUGGAGUCUCUCCUCUUCUUCCUACAGCUUCUCACCAGUCCUGAAACUGCAUCGCAUGCAGCAGAAAGCUAGCAUAGCAUCUACCUGGGAUUUCUAGUGUGUAGGGUUCCCAGCCUGAAGGGGCAGUACCCCUUCUUGCAAUCAGUGGUAAGAUGGAUGUGGCCUGAGGGCCAAGCUGGGAUGUAUUUGCCUGCUGAGUCUCUGGCUUUCUUUCUCUGUGCACAGAUGAGAACUCAGGACUCAGGGGGAUUAGUAACUCCAUAGAGAAGGGCAUUGACAGAAUAUCACCAGGGACUAGAAAUCGCCAGACUUGUCCUACAGCAACCUGAAUACUAAUCUUCAUGUCUCUAGUGACCAGGCAGUACCACCUCUUCUCACAACUACAAAGACCUGGUAGGAAAUUCUGAGUAUAGGUAUAAAAAAAAAAAAA